AUGGUUCUCACCCACUCAACAUCGCAUACGUACUCUCAUCCUUUCCCCACCGUCACGCUCGCCUUCUUCCUACGGUACUGCUCGCCUCGUCUCAAUCCAUUCGCCACGCACGUUCUUAGCACGGACACCAUCUCCAGCCAUGUCGACCCCAAGACGAACCGCCUCCAUACCACCCGCCUCCACCUGAAGAAGAGCCGUAUGCCCGCCGCGGUGUACAAGCUUCUGCCGGCGAGUGUCACCGGAGGCGGUACCAGCGGAGAGAAGGUUGCCUACGUACUGGAGACAAGCGUGGUCGACAUCAAGGAGGGAUGGAUGCGCUCAGAGAGCAAGAACCUCAACUUUUCCGGGGUCUUGUCCGUCACCGAGCAGCAAGAGUUCCUCGUCCCGACCGACAAUGCGUCCCUGGAGACCAACGUCAACACGAGCCUCGUCUUCAGGUCCCGCAUUGGAGAGAAGAUCCGCGGCAAGAUCGGCCAGGCCCAGAGCGAGGGAUGGCUCUACGGCCUGGCGAGCGGGCUGGGCGCGCGAGGCAUCGGCCGAAGCAUAGAGAGCCUAGCCUCCACCAAGACCAAGGACCAGCUCGGCAAGAGCCGCGACGGCAUGCGGCAUGUGCUCGAGAGAAUCCGCAACACCGGCGUCAUUGACAUUCUCGAAGCCAUCCGGAGAGAGCGCCAGCUUGGCAAAGCUUGA